AUGCGCCUCGACCGCGCUGGUCUUCCUAUGUACAACGCAGUAAGCGGAGGCUGGCGUCCGGCGGGCGGAGCUUAACCGGGGCGUUUGCCGUGCGCGCGGAGAGCUCCGGCGGAGCGUGCGGGGUUGCAUGGUAACCCCCGUUGAGGAUCGGAGAGCGUGAUCUGGGUGAGAAGGAGAUCGCGGGCCGGAAGAGCGGACGCGCUUGCCUAUAUGGCUUAGGUGGGCUGGAGAGCCUAAAAUGCUGAUGGACAUUUGCCCAUGGCCCUUGGGCAGCCCUGCGUUUUCAGCCAGCUGUGCUUGCAAGGUAAGAUCUGAUGUUUGUUUCCUUUGAAGCAGAGGUGACGCGUUCCAGGCAAAACCUCAUGUUUCUUUCGCAAUGGCAACUUCCCCUCUUUAAAGAGAGGCUGUUGUGUUCCGGCUCUCCUGUCCCGAAUCCCUAAAUCCUCCUGUGCCUUCAGAAAUCCCCUCCCCGCCAUUUCUCUCUAUUUUCCGCUUACUGUUUGUAGGCUGCAAAACCGAGCAAGGUUCUUUUUUAGAUCGACUUCCUGCCGAUGGUAGACUUACACUUAACUGAAUCGUUAUGUUUCGUUUGGCUAUCCCUUUCAUGAUUAUUUUAAUCUGUUACACUCAAAGACUUGGCCAAGUCAAUGCCCGAGACUAAUAGCGCAAUCCUUUAUAAAUAUUUACUUGGAAGUAAGCCCAAUUGAGCUCCGUUGUGCUUUCUACUAAGUAGACAUACUGUAUAUGGGAUCGCACUCUUUCAAGUACAAGAUGGGUGUACCCUGCCUGGUGUAAAAAUACACAAGCUUCUGUGUUACAUGGAACUCUUUAUUCAGAUUUAUUGCAACUCCGGAGUUUGGAGUACAGUAGUGCUGCAUAAAUGUUGCUACGUGAAUGAAACACUGUUUUUGAGAGAGUCUUCCAGUAUGACCUAGGAAGUGGUUGAUGUAGCCCAUCUGCCUUACUUUUUAGCUAGAUGUAUUCAUUUGGUAUAGAUCAGGCAGCUUGGCUUUGUUGUCUAUGGAUGGAUAGCGAGUAUCGUAAGUAAUCAUUCUCUCCCCAGUUCAUAAAUCAUAAUGGUUUGGAAUUGCUUUCCUCCUUUUCAAUGCAAUGCUUACUUUGUAGCAAAAAUGGUAAAUUUGCCUGAUGAAGAGCUUUGUGUAACUUUGAACCUUACGUCUCCUACAGAGCCAGGCCCAUUAAAAAAAAAAAAGCCUGCUAAACAAAGCACAAAAGAAAUAUAAGAGGUAUUAUGAAAUAAUUGUUUAUUAUUAGAAAUUGAGGUUUAAGCAGAAUGUGGAUUAUGCUAGGAUUCAUUUUUUACAUGCAUAGAUGUGACCUAGAGGUAACAGACCAAAUACUGAUUGGGGUGAGUGGGUUAGUCAUUUAUUAUAUUGGAAAUGAUUAAUAAUUUCAAAUUUGAACUUUAAGUAUUUUGUGGUUUUAGGGAUUAACCAUGAAAUUUUAUUAUUUUAUCUUGCAUAAUAUUUUCUCAAUUAUAUCUAAAUUCCUAGUGGUAACAACCUAAAUGAACUCUCACUUUUUCUUCUUCUCUUGAAAGAUUCUCCAUCAUCUAAAUGGCUGCCAGUUGAGCUAUUUGCUCUGAUAACUAAAGAAAGCAUCAGACUAACUAAUGUAAGUUAACUUAUACUGCCUUUAGCAUUUUUGACUUGCAGUCUGUUGAUCAGUUCUGGGCUACUCCAGUUCAAAUGAUAGUUUUACUAAAGCAAAUAAACUGCAAAUUAUAUUUAUCUCCAAAAUGCACCUGUUUUGUGAUUUUGAUAAUAUGCCAUUUUUAUUUGUUAGUUUUAAUUAAAUAAUGGAUUAAUCUGAUAAGGCACAUUAUUAAUUAAAACAUGUUUAGUUUAUAACAACCAUGAUAAGACUUAAAGCACAAUCCUGUACAUUUAGAAGAUGUCUCACUUUGUCCAACGUGCUUGCUUUGCAGAUUCUAAUGUGUUUAGGACUGCAGCUUAAAAGUUACCUAGGAAUGACAGUGCAAUUCUGUGCAUGCAUACAUAGAAAAGUAAGUCCCAUUGUUUUCUAUGGGAUGUGCUCUCAUGGAGGUACACAUAGUAGUGGUGGGGAACUUGUGGCCCUUCAGAUGGAACUGGACUAACAUUGGCCCCACCACACAUGACCAGUAGUCCAGAACGGUGGAAGUUUUAGUCCAGCAACAUCUGGAAGCCUACAGCUUUCCCACGGCGUGUAUAGUGGCACUUACUUCUGAGUAGACAUGUACAGGAUUGCUCUCUCACUGUUUUCUGAUGUGCUUCUAGUGCUUCAUAUACGUUGUCUUGGUCUUACAGGAACUGUGUAAAGUAGACCAUUGUUAUUCCCAUAUUAUAGAGCUAAAGUAGUGAAGAUACCAGACAAGUUCAAGGUUGAACUGUAGGUUGCAUCAUGGACUUGCAACAUGCUUUAAGGACUGCCCAGUGGCAAAUCAUAGGCUUUGUUUAAUUUACAUGUCUCUGAUGAAUGGUGAAGUUAAAUUUAGAAGUUGGUCAUAAUAAAGCUCAUCUUACAAAGACUUGAGACUGAUAAUAUUUUUUACAAUAAUGUUUCAGGAAUCAACCAUGUCCGUUGGGAAAAGUUUACAAAAUGAUCUCUCCAGAAGGGUAACUCUGUUGUGAAUUUUUUUUUUUUUUAACUACCAUGAAAAUACUGUGACUUGAGCCUUGGUUCCUUAUGUUGACAUUUUGGCCUGCUCAGAAAUGUUUUUUGCAUUUUCGAGAAAAAACGUGUCCCAGAAAUUGAGCUUACUUCUGCUGGUGUUUGGUUUUAUCUGGGGCAUAAUGUUACUGCGCUACACCUUUCAGCAUCCAAGGCAGCAGAGCAGUGCUGAAUUGCGUGAACAAAUACUUGACUUAAGUAAAAGAUAUGUUAGAGCACUGGCAGAAGAAAACAAGAAUAUCAUGAAUGGUGGUAAUGGAGUCUCGAUGGCAGGAUACGGUAAGACAUAAUAAACUUUCUUUGAGGUCAUGACUCUAUUUAACUCUUAAUUUUAGAAUUAUGAAAUGCAAUACCAAGCAUACUUUCAAAAGUUCUUAUUUAUUUUGUAGAACUAUUGUCUAAUAAUUAACAGGGAAACUGUUAUGGAAACGAUCAUGGCUAUGAAAUCCCACAUUCAGCUGAGGUUAAGAAAUGCACAGUGUUUUAUAUCCUCGAGAAAAGUCAUUGGUUUAUUGAGGGUAUUAGGAUACACAUAAUACUCAUUUGUAUAUGAAUUAUAUAUCCAUAUUUUGGAGUCCUAGAAAAUCCCACACCUGGAAAGGUUUAACAGAAGUAGUAAAGGUAUCAAACUGGAAAAAAACUAGAAUUGGCUAGGUAUAUAAUUUUGAAAACUGUACACUGUAGAAUACGGUGGUACCUUGGUUCUCCAACUUAAUCUGUUCUUCCUGCAUUCAAGUGGAAGCUGUGGAAGCCACGUUGGAUGUUCAGCUUCCCAAAAACGUUUGCAAACUGGAACACUUAGUUCUGGGUUCAUGGCAUUCGGGAGCCAAUUUCUUUGGGAGCCAAGCUGUUCGGGACAAAGGUACCACUGUAUCAGAAUUAGAGAGCAGCUGGUAGAAAUCAAUGCAUAUGUUAAAACACAGUCAUUCUUUUUAUAUGCUAUGCACAGUAUUUCCUAGAACUCACUACCAGUGGUGUGGAUAAACAACAAGAAGAAAAAAACAAAGAGAGAUGGCUAGUUCUGUGCCAGCUGGACUGAAUGAAAUGAGAAAGAAUAAGAAAUCCAUUCUCUGUGUGACUGUUUCUGAAGAAAAAACCUAGAUGAAAUAAAUAAAUAAAUAAAUAAAUAAUCAAUAUAACCAGAUAUAUUAUUCAAUGCCUAAAUGCACUAAUUGGAAAGGGGUGGGUCUAGGACCAAUAAAACAAAAAUUUGGUUGUGGGGGGACUUGCAUCUCCCUUUGUAAUUCCUGUUCUUCAGCUAUUUUGACACAGUAAAUCACUGAGCCUCUUGGGCUUGCCGAUCAGAAGGUCGGCGGUUCGAAUCCCCGUGAUAGAGUGAGCUCCCGUUGCUCUGUCCCAGCUCCUGCCAACCUAGCAGUUCGAAAGCAAACUGUGCAAGUAGAUAAAUAGGUACCGCUGCGGUGGGAAGGUAAACAGCGUUUCUGUGCGCUGUGGUUUCUGUCAUGGUGUCCUGUUUCACCAGAAGCGGUUUAGUCAUGCUGGCCACAUGACCCAGAAAGCUGUCUGUGGACAAACGCCGGCUCCCUCGGCCUGAAAGCGAGAUGAGCGCUGCAAUCCCAUAGUUGCCCUUCACUGGAUUUGACUGUCCAGGGGUCCUUUACCUUUAGUAUGAGCACCUAUGCUUCUUUUACUAUUAAUAGUUCCACUGUGGAGUGCAAAAUAGAAAGGAUUCCUUUCUGUGUUUCUGUUUUUUCUCUAGCUGAUCUAAAACGAACGAUCGCAGUUCUUCUAGAUGACAUCUUGCAACGCUUGGUCAAACUGGAAAACAAGGUUGAUUACAUGGUUGUAAAUGGCUCAGCAACAAAUACUACAAAUGGGAACUUGAUGCCAGCAACUACAAGCAAACGGGUAAACAAAGUGAUUCUGACUCGUGUCUAG